UCCAGUAACAGAAAUCCCCCGGAGAGAUGUCCCCGUCCUCUGUAUUCCCGGGACUCCACACAGGAGGAUGACGCGUUUCCUCUGGAUUAUCAGUGUGAAGACCUGAUUGUUGUUAAAGUGGAAGAUGAUGAGAUGCUUUUGAUGGAUGAUGAGACCUGCAAGCAGAAUGAUAAUCCUCCAGAGAUCAGCACAGACACCAGAGACACUCAGAGAGAUGUCAGAGCUGAGGAGAAGGAAGAAGGACGUGUGAGGAUUAAAGAGGAGGACAUUCCUAUAGAGAUUGACUUGGAUGGAUCCAGUAAGAGAAAUCCCCCAGAGAGACGUCCCCGUCCUCUGUAUUCCCGGGACUCCACACAGGAACAUCAGGAGAUCCCUCAGGAGCAUCAGGAGAUCCCUCAGGAACAUCAGGAGAUCCCUCAGGAGCAUCAGGAGAUCCUUCAGGAGGAUCAGGAAGAAAGUUGGUAUGAAUAUAAAACCGAAGAUACAGAUGACAAAGAGAUGGACUUAAGGGGUGAUGAGCCAUGCAAAGCGGAGGGAACCCCUCCAGAGAUCAACACAGAUGGACAAUACAGAAGGUUUAAUGUGGAAGAAUAUCCCAAUAUGUCUCCAGGUGGUAAAAAAGAAGAUGAUGUCACAUCUGAUUCUUCAGAAGAAAACUCCAUGACUGCGAAUGUCCACCUAGUGCCUCACAGCGCUGAGUUUUCAUCCGAUGCCUCUGUGCCAGAAGGGAGUUUCGCUAGCCGCUCACCUCACAGUACUCAUGGUGAUCCUUUUGCUUGGAGUGAAGAGCUCACCUCGCAACAGAGAGGCAGCAAUGGAGAGAAGACGUUUUCUUGUUCCGAAUGUAGAAAAUGUUUUACGAGGAGGUCCAGUCUUAUCGUGCACCAGAGGGGUCACACCGGGGAGAAGCCGUAUUCCUGUUCAGAAUGCGGGAAAUGUUUUCCGGAGCGAUCAAGUCUUACUCAGCACGUUAGAACUCACACGGGGGUGAAGCCAUAUUCAUGCUCCGAAUGUGGCAAGUGUUUUGCUAAGAAAUCUAAUCUUAUAACACAUCAAAAAACACAUUCAGAGGAAAAGCCAUAUUCCUGUUCCGAGUGCGGUAAAAAUUUCCCCAUCAAGUCUUACCUCGCCAGACACGAAAAAAUCCACGCAGGGGAGGACUCCUAUACAUGUUCAGAAUGCGGAAAGUGCUUUUCCCAGAGAAAUCAUCUCAUCUUGCAUCAGAUUACUCACACCGGAGAAAAGCCAUUUUUAUGUUCAGAAUGUGGCAAAAGUUUUCCUUGCCAAACCGCUUUAAUCAUACAUCAGAGGACCCACGCUGGGGUGAAGCCAUAUUCAUGUCUGGAAUGUGGAAAAUCAUUUUCCCAGAGCAGAAGUCUUACCUACCACCAGAGGACUCACACGGGGGAGAAGCCGUACUCAUGUUCCGAAUGCAGCAAAUGUUUUCCUUUCGAACAUUUACUCAUUGAACACCACAGAGAUCACACGGGGGAAAAGCCAUUUUCAUGUCCCGAAUGCGGCAAAUGUUUUACGAAAAAGUCGAAUCUUGCUAUUCACCAGACGACUCAUACAGGAGAGAAACCUUACUCGUGUUCAGAGUGCAGGAAAUGUUUUGUUAAUAGAUCGGAUCUUUCGAGUCACCUGGCAACUCAUACGGGAAUGAAGCCGUUUUCUUGCUCCAGGUGUGGUGAAAGUUUUUCUUACAAGUCCUCUCUUACGAGACACGAAAGGGUUCAUACAGGCGAGAAGCCGUAUUCCUGUAGCGAAUGCGGGAAGUGUUUUGCCCAAAAAGGAACUCUCGUUUCGCAUUUAAGAACGCACACGUGUGAUGUUCGGUAUUCGUGCGUUGAGUGCGGGAGAGUUUUUCGAAGUAAAGCAAACCUGACGGCUCAUAACCAAAUGCACAAAAGGCUACAUCUUGUGUUACAUCAAAAGAAUAACACAGAGGAAGAGUCCUCAGGCUAAACCCCUUGCAAAUCUAAAAAGUAAUCUUUUAACCCAACAUCAAAAAAUCAUGUGAAUUUGUAAAUACUUUUAAGACAAAUAUCUGAAAAAAACGAACUAAUUUAAAGAUUCAGGAGACUUGUUGUUUCUGUCUAUAUAUAUAUAUACACACAAUUUUUUGUUCAUUCAUUUUUAUAAUCCCAUUAACUCCUCAAACCAGACUUUUGGUUUUCCAAACGUAAAAACUGUUAUUUUGUCACAUUUUUACAUCCUAAAUUAUAUCUAAAGGAUAUGAAAUGAAAAGCAAUGCUUUCUUAUAUAAAGUAUGGCACAAUAGGGAAAAAACUGCGCUAACUAAAACAAAGGUAAGCUGUUACAUACAAACAAACAAAGUCUAGUAAAUAGUGAACAAAAAAUGUAGCGCUAAAAAACAAU